GGCCGCGCCCCGGAAGUCCUUCCCCCUCCGGCGAACAAAGAUGGCAGCGGACACCAGCACGGAGUUGCUGUUUCUAGACACGUUCAAGCACCAGAGCGCGGAGCAAAGUACCAAUAUAGAUGUCGUUCGUUUUCCAUGUGUUGUUUACAUAAAUGAAGUACGUGUCAUUCCUCCUGGAGUAAGAGCUCACACCAGUCUGCCUGACAACAGGGCCUAUGGAGAGACAUCUCCACAUACAUUUCAGUUAGACCUGUUUUUCAACAAUGUCAGCAAGCCAAGUGCUCCUGUUUUUGACAGACUGGGAAGCCUUGAAUAUGAUGAGAACACUUCAAUUAUUUUUAGACCCAAUGCAAAGGUCAACACAGAUGGAUUGGUUCUGAGAGGUUGGUACAACUGCCUGACCCUGGCAAUAUAUGGCUCUGUUGAUAGAGUAAUAAGUCAUGACAGAGAAUCACCACCGCCGCCACCUCCCCCACCACCACCUCCCCAACAACAGCCUGGCUUGAAAAGAAACCCAAAACAUGUUGAUGGGGAGAAAGAAGAUCAGUUUAAUGGCAGCCCUCCAAGACCGCAGCCCAGGGGCCCAAGGACUCCUCCAGGCCCUCCACCUCCUGAUGAUGAUGAAGAUGAACCUAUGCCUGUAUCAGUGGUUGGGGAAAAGGAAGAUGAUGUUGAUCACAGGGAGGAUUACUUUGAGCCCAUUUCUCCUGAUCGAACAUCCAUUCACCAAGAAAGCCAGUACUCUGAUGAAGGAGAAGUAGAGGAGGACCAGCCAGAAGAUGGGGAGGAUGAGGAGGAAGAUGUGGAUGUUGAGGAGGAUGAGGAUGAGGAAGAGGAUGAUGGGCAUACAGUAGAGAGUAUUCCUGAGGAGGAGGAAGAUGAGGAAGAGGAAGAUGAGGAAGAAGAAGGGGAAGAAGAGGAGGAAGGUGAAGGAGAUGAUGGCUAUGAGCAGAUUUCAAGUGAUGAAGAUGGAAUUGCUGAUCUGGAACGUGAAACAUUUAAGUAUCCAAGCUUUGAUAUUGAAUAUACUCCUGAGGAUCUGGCUUCAGUGCCACCUGUGACAUACGAGCCUUAUGAAAGAGAGCUUGGACCUCUGUUGUACUUCAGCUGCCCAUACAAGACUGUAUUUGAGACUGAAGUUGGUAAGAUAAGGGACCAAGAUGCAGAAAAGGAAAAUUCGGGGGCAGUCGAAGCCUCAGUUAAAUUAACUGAACUCUUGGAUUUAUAUCAGGAGGAAAGGGGUGCAAAAUGGGUCACGGCUCUAGAAGAAAUUCCAGGUUUAAUAGUGAAGGGCCUAAGCUACCUGCAAGUGAAGGACACAAAACAGGACUAUGUUACCCAACUAGUAGACUGGACCUUGCAAGCUUUAAACCUGCAGGUAGCUCUCAGGCAGCCCAUCGCUUUGAACGUUCGACAGCUAAAAGCUGGAACAAAGCUGGUGUCGUCAUUAGCAGAAUGUGGGACUCAAGGAAUAAUGGGACUCUUGCAGGCAGGAGUUAUUAAUGCACUAUUUGAAUUGUUGUUUGCAGAUCAUGUAUCAUCCUCCCUUAAACUUAAUGCUUUCAAAGCUUUGGAUAGUGUUAUCAGUAUGACUGAAGGAAUGGAUAUGUUCUUGAAAGGUAGGCUAGAGGCACAUGAAAAAAGUGGCUAUCAGAAACUCUUGGAACUCAUACUGUUAGAUCAGACGGUGAGAGUCCUCACUGCAGGUUCAGCAAUUCUGCAGAAGUGCCACUUUUAUGAGAUUCUGUCAGACAUUAAAAAGCUUGUUGACCAAUUAGCAGAGAGUACUCCCCCACUUCCUAAUCAUACUGAGUCAGAGCAGGAUACAGACCUUGGACUUGAGAGAACCAACCAAGAAUAUGAAAAUGAUGUGGAGGCUCCUAUGGAUAUGGACCAUCUUCUGGAAUCUUCAAAUAUUAGUGAAGGAGAGGUGGAAAAACUUAUUAGCCUCCUAGAAGAAAUCUUUCAUUUGAUGGAGACUUCACCUCAUACAAUGAUUCAGCCACCUGUAAAAUCCUUCCCGACAACAGCACGCAUUACAGGACCCCCAGAAAGGGAUGAUCCUUACCCUGUCUUGUUUAGAUAUCUUCACAGUCACCAUUUCUUGGAAUGUAUUACCCUGCUACUAUCCAUUCCAGUCACAAGUGCUCAUCCUGGUGUACUUCAGGCUGUCAGAGAUGUAUUGAAGUUCCUGGCACAGUCGCAGAAGGGUCUCCUCUUUUUCCUAUCCGAGUAUGAAGCAACAAACCUGUUGAUAAGAGGACUUUGUCAGUUUUCCGAUCCAGAUCAAGAAGAAGGUCUCCAGUCAGAUAGUGCUAAUGAGGAUACGUUUGCCUUGUGGCUCUUGCAUUCAACACAGACGUUGCAGUGCAUCUCGGAAUUGUUCUGCCACUUCCAGCGGUGCACAGCCAGUGAGGAAACAGACCAUUCGGACCUCUUGGGAACACUUCAUAAUCUUUACCUGAUUACUUUUAAUCCUGUGGGAAGAUCUGCUGUGGCUCAUGUAUUCAGCCUUGAGAAGAACCUCCAAAGUCUUAUUACUUUAAUGGAAUACUAUUCCAAGGAAGCUUUAGGUGACUCCAAGUCUAAGAAGUCAGUUGCUUAUAAUUAUGCCUGCAUACUUGUUUUGCUGGUGGUUCAGUCCUCCAGUGAUGUUCAAAUGCUGGAACAGCACUCGGCACCUCUGUUGAAGCUUUGUAAGGCUGAUGAAAAUAACACCAAAUUGCAAGAACUUAGUAAAUGGCUUGAACCUUUGAAAAAUCUUAGAUUUGAAAUCAAUUGUAUUCCAAACCUCAUUGAAUAUAUUAAACAGAAUAUCGAUAGUCUGAUGACCCCAGAAGGAGUUGGUCUUCCUACUGCCCUCCGGGUUCUUUGUCAUGUUGCAUGCCCACCACCUCCUGUUGAAGGUCAACAGAAGGAUCUAAAAUGGAACCUUGCAGUUAUUCAGCUUUUUUCUGCUGAAGGAAUGGACACCUUCAUUCGUGUUUUGCAGAAAUUGAACAGUAUUCUUAUCCAGCCUUGGAGACUCCAUGUCAAUAUGGGAACCACAGUUCACAGAGUUACUACCAUUUCCAUGGCCCGAUGUACACUUACUCUCCUUAAAACAAUGUUAACUGAACUCCUGAGAGGUGGCUCUUUUGAGUUUAAAGACAUGCGUGUUCCUUCAGCUCUUGUUUCUUUACAUAUGUUGCUGUGUUCCAUCCCUCUCUCAGGCCGCUUAGAUAAUGAUGAACAAAAAAUUCAGAAUGAUAUUAUUGAUAUUUUACUGACCUUUACCCAGGGAGUUAAUGAAAAACUUACAAUUUCAGAAGAAACCUUGGCCAAUAAUACUUGGUCUUUAAUGCUAAAAGAGGUUCUCUCUUCAAUUUUGAGAAUUCCUGAAGGAUUUUUCUCUGGACUUAUACUUCUUUCAGAAUUGCUGCCUCUUCCACUGCCGAUGCAAACAACUCAGGUAAUUGAACCCCAUGACAUAUCAGUGGCACUCAACACCAGAAAACUGUGGAGCAUGCAUCUUCAUGUUCAAGCCAAACUGCUACAAGAAAUAGUUCGUUCUUUCUCUGGCUCAUCUUGCCAGCCAAUUCAGCAUAUGCUGAGGCGUAUCUGUGUUCAGUUGUGUGACUUGGCUGCACCAACUGCCCUUCUUAUUAUGAGGACAGUCUUGGAUCUGAUUGUGGAAGAUCAACAAAGCAGCACAGAAGAUAAAGAGAAACAGUACAGUGGCCAGACUGCCCGAUUACUUGCUUUACUUGAUGCCCUGGCUUCACACAAAGCUUGUAAAUUAGCCAUUUUGCAUCUAAUUAGUGGAACAACUAAAGGUGAUGAAAAAUAUGUGGAAGUUUUCCAGGAUCUCUUGGCUUUAAUGCGAUCUGCUGGGGACAAUGUUAUUCAUCAGCAGUGCACUGAAUACGUAACUUCCAUUUUACAGUCCCUCUGUGAUCAGGACAUUGCACUAAUUUUACCAAGCUCAUCAGAGGGAUCUGUUUCUGAACUAGAACAGCUCUCCAAUUCCUUACCAAGCAAGGAACUGAUGUCUUCAAUUUGUGACUGUCUGAUGGAAACCUUAGCUAAUUCUGAGAGCAGCUAUAAUUGUUUGUUGACAUGCAUCAGGACAAUGAUGUUUCUUACAGAACAUGAUUAUGGAUUCUGUCACUUAAAGAGCUCUCUAAGAAAACACAAUGGUGCACUGUACACUGUAUUGAAGCGAGUAGUAAGCAGCUUUAGUAAGGACACAGGAGAACUGGCAUCCUCGUUUUUGGAUUUUAUGAGACAGAUUCUAAACUCUGACACCCUGGGCUGUUGUGGAGAUGAUGGAAGUCUUAUGGAGGUAGAUGGAUCUCAUCCAGCAAGGACAUUGGGUCUGACUACUGCAGAAUUAAAACAUCUCUUACAGAACAAAGAAGAAAACCCUGAAAAUUUUCUGCUUGAACUGGAGAAACAUGUUUUGGAACGUUCUAAAGAAGAUGAUGGCCUUGAAUCCUUAUUGGACAAUGUUGUUGGACUUCGGCAGAUGUUGGAAUCAGCAGGUGAUCCUUGUCCGCUGAGUGACCAAGAUGUGGAACCAGUUCUUUCUGCACCAGACUCUCUCCAGAAUCUGUUUAAUAAUAGGACUACGUAUGUGUUGGCAGAUGUGAUGGAUGACCAGCUGAAGUCUAUGUGGUUCUCACCAUUCCAGGCUGAAGAAAUUGACACAGAGCUUGAUAUGGUAAAGGUUGACUUAAUUGAACUGUCAGAGAAAGGCUGCAGUGACUUUGAUUUACAAGCAGAAUUGGAGAGAUCAUUUUUGUCAGAACCCUCAUCUCCUGGUAGGACAAAAACUACAAAAGGAUUCAAACUUGGAAAACACAAGCAUGAGACCUUCAUAACUUCAAGUGGCAAAUCAGAAUACAUAGAGCCUGCAAAGAGAGCUCAUGUUGUGCCCCCUCCUCGAGGAAGAGGCAGGGGAGGAUUUGGACAGGGUAUUCGACCGCAUGACAUUUUUCGUCAGAGAAAACAGAAUACAAGCAGACCUCCUUCUAUGCACGUGGACGAUUUUGUUGCCGCAGAGAGCAAAGAAGUGGUUGCUCCAGAUGGGAUACCACCACCAAAAAGGCCACCAAAAGUAUCACAGAAAAUUUCUUCACGUGGGGGAUUCUCAGGGAAUCGUGGAGGACGCGGCGCAUUUCACAGUCAGAACAGGUUCUUUACUCCACCUGCUUCCAAAGCCACUUUGUGUCUCUUGCAUUUAGGAAAUUAUAGUCGUCGUGAAGGAGCCAGAGGGUCAAGUUGGAGUGCACAGAGUACACCGCGAGGCACUUAUAAUGAAAGUAGAGGGGGUCAGAGCAAUUUUAACAGGGGCCCACUGCCACCAUUGAGGCCUUUGAGUUCUGCAGGCUAUCGACCCAGUCCCCGUGAUCGUGCUUCUAGAGGUCGUGGUGGAAUUGGGCCAUCUUGGACGAGUGCUAAUAGUAGCAGCAGUGGUGGCUCAAGAGGAAAGUUUGUUAGUGGAGGCAGCGGAAGAGGUCGUCAUGUCCGUUCCUUCACACGAUAAAAGUGAGACCUGGAACAUCCCAGCAGUGUGAAUUUCUUAAGCAGAUGAUGAUAAAGAAAAGCUGAGGCACUAAAGGACCAAUUUAGAGUAACUGGUAUCAGGAGACGGCAAGGAAAUAUUUUUGUUGGAAGAAAGCAGUUUUUGUUUGAUACAAGACUUGAAAUUUCAAUAAAAUUCGAGACUUUUUGUGUA